CACGUCGCGCCCGACGGGACACUACUGUUGCAUUUGUUUAUAGAAAUGGACAUCGAAUCGGUCGAAAAGCUUAUUGAAAUUGUUCGACGUCACGCUUUUUUGUUUGACAUGGACCAUGAGCAAUACAAAAACGCUAGCCUCAAAUUGGCGACUUGGGAAACGAUAGGAAGGGAGCUUAAUCAUAGUGGUGAAGUCGUAAGAAAUAAAUGGAAGACGAUAAGAGAUGGCUACACCAAAUAUAAAAAACAACUUAAGAAAUCAACAGGUUCCAGUAAAAAAAAUGUCACUUAUACAUGGGCGUCACAGCUUUCAUUUUUAGAUAACUUCAAUGAACCGCGACCGUCAUGCUCAAACGUUUUAUUAAAAGCUAUAAAACGUUCACCACGUAGUCAAACACCUUCACUAGAUUCCGACCAUUCACAAGAUAUACCACCAACAUCGUCAUCAUCACAGGCCCUUCCUCCAGAGUCAUCUGCUACUACAUCAACGGCAUCAACUGCAAGAAUUUCAUCACUCAAAAACAAACGAUCAUUAGAGAAUGACGAUGACGAAACAGAGUCACAAUUUUUAAAUGCAAAAAAGAAAAAAGAACUUGACGUCAUUGAUAAUUUAUUCCUCAGCUACGCUGAUACCUUUAAAAAAUUUCCAGCUCGAGAACAAGCAGUUGUCAAGUUGGAAUUAGCCAAAUUGUUUGCGAAUACAGAAUUACAGUUGCUCAACAAUGGCGUCACAUUUAAAUCAGAACGAUCGGCCACUGAUUGACAAUAACGAUUCGGUAUAUAAAGAAAUCUGGCAGAAGUAAAACGAAUUUGGUUUGUACAUCAUAUGUAAAUGUCAUGUUUUAAUUAUUACAAAUGAAUCGGAGAAACUAACGAAUUAGCAAUUCUGGCUCCUGCGAAACGGACAUGAAAUGAAAUAAAAAGAAAAAUAAGCGAAACAAUACUAUUCCUAAAUUUCAAAUUUAUACAAAUAUAUUGUACAAUUUGUAUAAAUUACAAGGACAUAAUAUUAACUAAGU